GCAAGCGGAUGAAGUUCAUCGGAGCGCUCUCUCUUUACAAACAACAUCCAACAGCAGAGCCAGCUAUUUCCCUCCUCCAGUUUUGAAUACUUUACUACUUUGCUAGCUCCAUCCACCCUUUCCACUCCGCUUGGACUUACUUCUUUCGGACAGCCUUUCUCUCCCAGCCGGGCAUGAAGCAGUAGGAGCCGCGCCGCUUCUCGACGCGCGGAGAAGCGCGGGCUCCCUCUCUCUCUCUCUCUCACCCUCCCUCCGCCCGCCUCCUGCCGCACUCCUCCUGCUGGAGCUGGAGAGAUGCCCGGGGCAGGAUGUGCUCCAGCCGCAAGAUCCUGUGGAGCCUGCUCCUGCUGUCCGUGGUGGAGGUGGGCCUGGGUGUGGCGAGCAUCGUCCUGGGAGCUGUGGGCAUCAGCCGGGUCCGGGGCGAGCAGAAGCCGCAGCAGGGGGACGCGUCCCCGGUCUGGAGCGGACUCUGUUUUCUGGUCUGUGGGAUGUGUGGAGUGCUGUGUGCUCGAAAGAGGACAGGUCUUAUUAUGAUCCUGUUUUCAGCGUGCUGUAUCUGUGGUCUGAUCGGUGGCAUCCUCAACUUCCAGUUUGUUCGGGCACUGAACAAACGACGGGACUCGAUCCAUCUGGCGGCCAUGACUCUGGCGUGUCUGGGGAUCUCAUCAUGUACCUUAUCCACAUGGCUGACCUGUCGCCUGGCCAGCUCUGAGCAGCAGAGGAUGUUCCUGGAGAGGGAACACUCACUGCACCACUCCCAUGAGAUGACUGAGAAAGAGAUCCUGGACAACUCCAGCAACGGUAUUCCUCAGAUCUCCUAUAAUGGACACACUGCAGCAUCACCGUGACGACACAUCACCGAAGGCGAACUCCACACUCUGACACAGAAACAGUGGCCGUGAAUCGGCUGCUGUCAACAGACAAAAUGUAGCAUGUACCUUCUUCAACAUAUCCUGCGAAAUACACAGUAACUAAUAUUCUGUAUGCAGGGAGCAAAUCCAAGUCUCUCCCCUUUUGUCCACCAUCGGGGGCAAGAAAAGGACAUUUUGUCUGCAAGAGAGAGGCGUUUGUGAAUUUCUGAAUAAUUAUGCAAACAUGGGUUCAACCCCCCCCCCUCGUUCAACUCAAAGCCAGGACGGAGGGCUGCCAUUUGGGUGACAAUUCAGGUGACAAACGUCACGUGUGACAUCAUCUGACCUUUAAGCUAAUGAGCAGGAGGGAUAGAUUUUAUCCAAUCAGAUGGCUCAAAGUGAUGAGCACAAACCAAGCAUGCAGCUGAUUCACUUGUUUUGAAGAGCUACUGCUAUUUCCGUCUCAACGUUCUUAUUCUCUCUCUCUCUCUCUCUCUCCAUCUUGUUAUGGGUUCAUGGAAUGCAAAAUGUUGAGAUAGCUCACAGUAAACUGUAUGUAUCAUCUGAUAAUGGAAUGCUUUGGCAUGAAAAUACAGUGAUGCCCAAUGCACUGUACUGUAUAUCCAUGCUUGUAUAUCAGGAACCUAGUCGUAUCUAUAAAUCAGACAUAUUUUUAUAAAUGCUUCUUAUAAAAGUGAAUUCAAAUAAAGUAUGACAA